CAACUUGCUCAGCAGGGCUGGGUACACCGGCGCGCUCUCCGGGACUGGGUGGGGGGGCAGUCCCGGUUUCGGCCUUCGCGCGGGUGGGCUCGGAGCGGCCGCACCGGGCAGCAACCCCACUCCCACUCGGAGACCCCUGCCCUCUCCCCCACUUCCCCCCGGCCCAUGGUGCGAGGCUGGGAACCGCCGCCCGGGCUGGACCGCGCUAUCUCUGAAGGGCACAAAUCAGAAAGCAUCAUGCCUCCUAAUAAAGAGGCCAGCAGUCUCAAUAGUUCACCAGCGGGGCUCAUCUGCCUCCCUCCAAUCUCUGAGGAGCUACAGCUUGUAUGGACCCAAGCAGCCCAGACCAGUGAGCUAGACAGCAAUGAACACCUGCUACAAACCUUCAGCUACUUUCCCUAUCCCAGCCUAGCAGACAUUGCCCUUCUCUGCCUGCGUUAUGGGUUGCAGAUGGAGAAAGUCAAGACUUGGUUUAUGGCCCAGCGCCUCCGCUGUGGCAUUAGCUGGUCAUCUGAAGAAAUAGAAGAGACUCGAGCCCGAGUGGUCUACCAUCGGGACCAACUCCAUUUCAAAUCCCUUCUCUCUUUUACUCAUCAUGCAGGACGGCCCCCAGAGGAGAUGCCUCCUCCAAUGCCAGCUCCAGAACAAGUUGGUAUUGGAAUAGGUCCUCCAGCUCUUAGCAAGCCCAUCCAGACGAAAGGAUUGAAGGUAGAGCCUGAGGAGUCCUCUCACAUACUGCCACUGCCUCAGAGUCACCAGAAGUUAAAGGAGUCCCUAAUAGCACCUGGCAGCGGAGCAUUCCCCCACCAAUCAGAUUUUUGGCAAGAUCUUCAAAGCGGUGGCCUCUCAAAGGAGCAGGCAGGCAGGGGUCCCAACCAGUCACAUGGCAUACGUACUGCUUCCUGGAACCACUCCACAGCUGUCCUCCAGCCACAAGCUCGGGAUAAGCCCCCGCCAAUUUCAUUAAUUGCCAGUAGUUGUAAGGAGGAGUCAGCAUCUAGUGUUACUCCCUCUUCUUCCUCUACCUCUUCUUCCUCUUUCCAGAUACUGGCUAAUGGAGCUACUGCCACCUCCAAACCCCUCCAGCCACUAGGCUGUAUCCCACAGUCAGUGUCACCCAGUGAUCAGGCAUUACCCCCACACCUGGAACCAGCCUGGCCCCAAGGGCUACGGCAUAACUCAGUACCAGGGAGGGUUGGCCCCACAGAGUACCUAUCCCCAGAUAUGCAACGCCAGCGAAAAACCAAGCGCAAAACCAAAGAGCAGCUGGCUAUCCUCAAAUCCUUUUUUUUACAGUGCCAAUGGGCACGGCGUGAAGACUACCAUAAGUUAGAACAGAUCACUGGUUUACCUCGGCCUGAGAUCAUUCAGUGGUUUGGUGACACACGCUAUGCCUUGAAGCAUGGGCAACUAAAAUGGUUUCGGGACAACGCAGUACCUGGUGCCCCUAGUUUCCAAGACCCAGUAAUUCCUACACCACCUCCACCAUCAACCCGCCCCUUGAAUGAAAGGGCUGAGACACCACCUCUGCCGAUCCCUCCACCCCCACCGGAUAUGCAGCCCUUGGAGAGGUACUGGGCAGCCCACCAACAGCUACGGGAGACUGAUAUCCCUCAACUGAGUCAGGCUUCAAGGCUUAGCACCCAGCAGGUACUGGAUUGGUUUGACUCUCGAUUACCUCAGCCAGCUGAAGUGGUAGUUUGUCUAGAUGAAGAAGAGGAAGAGGAGGAGGAAGAACUGCCAGAAGAUGAUGAGGAAGAAGAGGAGGAGGAGGAAGAUGAUGAUGAUGAUGAUGAUGAUGUGAUCAUACAAGACUGAGUGGGAAGCUGGGGGAGGGGAGGUCUGUUACUAAAAUAUGAACCAACUUAGCAACUGUUUAAACAAAGAAACCACAUUUUUAAAAUUACCUUGUGGCAGAGAACUAAAAAGUUUUGUGUUCUUCAGGGUGGGUGGCAGGGGAAUGUAGUGAGAGUGAACCAGGGAGGAUGACCCUAGGGCACUAAGUAAGGCCAGGAUUGGAUCAGCAGAAAUCCAGACCUCUAACCUCAGUGUAGAGCGUACUGAGGAUCUGGAGAAACCAUGGGCUGGGAAAUGGCGCUUGCCCUCCCCAUGUCUGCUGUUCUUUUCCCUUAGUGUACUAUAGAGAGGCCAGACCUUGGCCACACCUCUCCAGGAGGAUUAGAAAGGAGUAAAGGAUUCUAAUUCGAUUGAUGAUUCCAGUGCAUCCCCAACCCUACCAUCUUUCCUGGAAUAUAAGGCUCCCUGGCACCCCUUUUCUGAACACAAGUCUGUGCGUAAUGCAACUCUCUUUUUUUCUUAAUAACUGAUCAUUUCCUAGAAAACUGAGAGCCUCAGUAAGUCCCAGUCUCAUCACAAAUAUUAACUUCCUUUUCCUCAUACCAUCAUGAUUUUAUAUGUUUCACCUGCUUCAUGACUGAAUCACAGGUGGCAGAAUAUUUUCAUUUCUUAUGCUGGGACCACUUUGCCUUGUAGCUUUUUCUCUCUUUCCAAAAUCCUCACUCUGUUCACUAUUUGUCUCAGGGUAAAUCUUCCCCCACCGAGCUUGUGAAAAACUUUAAUAAUUGGGUGGAGAAUAAUUUAGAAUGGAUAUUUAUUGGAGAUGAUAAUUAGAAAAGAAGACCUUUUAAAAAGUAGAAUUAUGUUACAAAGGGGUGAAAGAGAGGGCACAGUUUCUCCCGGUUGAAGGGCAGUGGAGGUAGGUUUCAGGUUUGGUUUUACAAACCUCAUACUACCUCCUGUUCAGCUUGACAGAGACUUAAUUCUUCAUCUUUUUGCUGUCAGUUUGUUUCCAGAAAAGAGAUUUUUUUCCCUUUCUUAGCAGUAUCUCUCUUAGGGACAGAUGGACCAUGGUCUUUAAGUGAAUUAAUUAUUGAUGUUUUAGAAUGGUUUUCAUCAGUUGAGAUCAGCUAUAUGGCAAAUAGGUAUCAUCAAUGAGUUAACCAUCUAAAAAGAGUGGAAGCCCUAAAAUGCUAGAAUAAUAAUAAAAAGGCCAAAAAU